CCGACAGUAACGCGGCAAUUAAAUGGAGCAACUAAGUGGAUAAGAAAAAAAUCAGAGUUAACAUGAAAUAUCGUACAGUUAUACUGACAGUUUCGAUGGAUUAAAGUUGUACGCGGUAGAAACUGGUGAGGAGGGACAGUGGAGUGUUAACUGUAGGUGAUUUUGGUGUCCGUGUGACCGACAGUCAAAACAAGCCCAGUGACGCCGUGAUGGAAUACCCACCAAACAAGCGUCUGAAAGGGGAAGCGCACUGCACUCCCAGCGACUCCUUUGGCGACGAUGAGGAGUUCACCCAGGACGACCUUGAUGAGAUUGACGUGCUCGCAUCGCAGGCCUUCUCGUGCGAUGCGCGACUUGCAAACGACGGGGGCGGAGGGUCGCUUUCCUCACGUGCGGCCGUUUCCCAGGGGAGAAGAACCCAUGACCUCGGUGCAGGUUCACCAGGGAACGCUGACAGGUUCAAUACUCCGGGGACAAGUCGCCAGCACCGGGCCACGGAAGCUUCCGACCCCCCAGGAAAAGAGAAGGUACCUUGGAGGGGUAGUGAUGAGUUCUACGAGCAUCUCAAAGCACAGCAAGCAGAACUGAAGAAAAAGCUGAAGCAGGUGGAGGAGGAGCUCAUGGUGAGGAGUGGUGAGGUCCGGGUACUCCGCGACGCCCUUCGCCACACGCAGCAAGAGAAGGAUGAGCAGAGGCAGGCGCUCCUGCAGCAGGAGGAGCAGAGGGCACAGGCGCACAGCGACAAAGAGAAGGCCCUUAACAGGAAGGUGCAGUCGCUGCAGUCGGAGUUACACUUCAAGGAGGCGGAGCUCAGUGAGAUGAGGAACAAGGUACAGAUGUGUGAGCGCAGCAGCAAGGUGCUUGCGGUGCCGGCUGUCAGGAACAGCCCAAAGAGGAGCUUCUCUGCAGCGCAGCAGCAGGAGGAGACUAGCAGCGGGGCUUCAUCCCCGGGACUCUCUCCCUUCCUCACCAAGGAGACGUUCUCGGCCCAGCUCUCGAAAAGGCUGCCGGCAGCUCGGGGAGCUGCUUGCGCUGAGGAAGGUGGAAGAAAAGUGAAUGGUGAGAGGACGGAUGCCAAGGAGGACGUUCCGCAAAGAAAUGCCUACAGCUUUGAAUCACACCCAUGUCAAGGGGCAUCGCUGCUGAACCUUCUCCUCCAGCAUCCCCUGGACCCCAGCAUCCUUGGCCUCUGUCACCUGUUGUGCUUGAGCCCAGAUGCCUUACCCGGCCUCCUGCUACAGCGCAGCAGCAUCAGUGCACCAUCUUCAGUGGGGUCCAGCAGUUCCUCCGCAAAAGCAACGUCGUUCCACAGCAGCCAAAAUGGCUUCAUUGAGGCGCAGAGUCGCGCCGUGUCUGGGCUCAACAUGCUGGCGUCGGACCAACGGCUACACCUGCAGGGCAGCGUUUCUGCUCCCGUGGAGCGGACAUGUCCGGGGGCCCUGCACCUUCUGCCGCUGCUCGAGUACCACAUUGGCUUGUUUUGUCAGGUGCUCGAGAAGGUGGACAGCUCCAGCAAGAGCCCGCUGCGCAGCGUCUCCCUGUCUGAUUCCUUGCAGAGCAGUCCGGCCUCCGGUGUGGAGGAGACCUUAGGAGGCCUGGAGGAGUUUGCCCUAGCGGCACUCAGGGUGCUGGGCCUUCUGGUGGAGCACAGCCGUGAGGUUGUACAUGCCCUGCUGUGCCCUCCGGGCCUCAAACCCGAAACAAAGAGGGACACGGAGGUGCCUGGGACAGAGAGCAAGUCCGCUGAGCUCCUACACCCGCUGCUAUGCAGGCUGCUCCAACUGGCUGACCCUGGCAUUGCCAGCGCCGCCCGCCGCAGGGACACGGUGCUCAGCGGCAGCUUGAGCGUACUCAACGGGCUCGCGGAGAGAGCGGGCAAGGAGCUGCACAGGCUGAAGUGCGUGGCGUCGAGCCACUCCGUGGUGCGCUGCCUGGCGCCUGACUCCUCGCACCGGGUCCUCUGCCUCACCGUCAGUCUCCUUGCUCUGGUUGCUGACAGCGAUGAGGGAGCGGCGCUGCUCUGCUCGCACCUGGACUCGUGCCCUCUGCUGAAGCUGCUCCAGUACAUCAACUCCAGACCCAACGAGUCAAUUACAGACGACCAGUGGUGUUGGUUCGAGCUAGAGGCUGUGCGAUUCCUGACAAAGCUCCUGACCCAGAAAUCGGCCACAUGGACGUCUUUCUCACACUCGCCGUGUCAGUGCUGCGCUGAAGCACUUUUCUGAACAGUGGUGUACAACCCAAGAGUAAACAGAAGUGCAUCAGCAACAGCAGGAGAUGGAGACAGACACAUGACUCAAAAAGCACAGUCAGUCCAAAACUACACCUUAACCAGCACACAUUACCCAGGUAGCUGUUUAUUUCAUUGGUAGGAAGAUUUUUUUAAUAAGUAGUGAAGGUUUAUGGAGGUCAGGAGAGAAGUGGCUCUGAAAGAGAUGGGUUUGAGACCCUUCUUGACUGUUGGAAGGGAUUCGGCAACUCCGAAGGACACAGGGAGCUUUUUCCUCUACAGUGAGGAGAAAAAUGAGAACCUAGAAACUAUCGGUUUCGGACCCUUGGGAGCGGGAUCGCCAAGUGCCCAGAAGCUGAGGAGUUCAGUGCCCUUGCUGGGCUGUCACGAGAGAUCAGGUCCUAUUAGUAUCAGGGAGCAGAUCAUCUGAUGGUCUUGAUAGAGACAUGUACAGGAACUCAGUGAAGGGAGAUGAGGAGGGGAGUUACACGGGAAUGCUUUGGUAGGUCAAACACAGCUUGUACCAUGGUAUUCUGUAUCAGCUGGAGUGGCCUGCUGGUGGAGGCCAGGAGACCAACAGGAGGGAGUUACAGUAGUCCAGGUGGGAUAUUACUAUGGCCUGGGUCAGGACUUGUGUACAGUGUGUUCUGCUUCAUUCAGUGUCAGUCACUUCACAACAUAUAAUCGCUCGUCGCACAGCAGCUGCGUGCGAUACGUCCCCCGGGACCCGUGUACUGCGUGUUCUUGCAUGCUUGCGUGUGGCUGAGACUGAGCUCACGAUGCUGCCCCGCCGCAGCGUCCUUCCUGGCGCCAGCUCUUUGCUCUCCACUGCCACGCUGCUCAGUGUCACCCGUUCCCAGGAGAUUGUAGCCCGCUCUAGUCCCGCUUUACUGCAGUCCACCAUGCGUCUGGAUCAGCGUCAGCGGUCAACUAGUCCUCAGUUCUGUUCACCUGCAGUCCACCUGCUGACAGGGCAGCGCUCUGCUGGUUCAGCCAUGGUGAAGAGUGCCGCUG